UCGAGUGAGGGCGAACGGGGAGAAAUAAAAGACAAGACAAAACAGUCGUAUUAAAAGACAGUUUUUAGGUAUGUCAGUAAAAUAGCUAAAGCUAAUAUCUGUCCAGAUCAAAGUGUCAACAACGGCAGGGAAACAGAGGGAAAGAGAAAAACGAAACGCUUCACUCAAGUGCCUAGAAAAUCAAGACCUACAAGUCAUCUUUUUUCCUGAAUAAAAAGGAAGAGGGAACAGUGUCAAGUCUCAAGCAGCUAAAUACAGCGCGACUUUGUGUCACAUCAUGAAUCCAGAAUAUGACUACCUUUUUAAGCUUCUCCUCAUUGGUGACUCUGGCGUGGGAAAGUCAUGUCUUCUUUUGAGAUUUGCUGACGACACAUACACAGAGAGCUACAUCAGCACCAUAGGUGUCGAUUUUAAGAUCCGUACUAUCGAGUUGGACGGCAAGACAAUCAAGCUGCAGAUUUGGGACACAGCAGGCCAGGAGAGGUUUCGCACCAUCACCUCCAGUUAUUACCGUGGAGCCCACGGCAUCAUAGUAGUGUAUGAUGUCACGGACCAGGAGUCUUAUAAUAAUGUAAAGCAGUGGCUUCAGGAGAUAGACCGUUAUGCCAGUGAAAAUGUUAACAAGCUUUUGGUGGGUAACAAGUGUGACCUGACUACCAAAAAAGUAGUGGACUACACAACAGCCAAGGAAUUUGCAGACUCUUUGGCCAUCCCUUUUCUGGAGACAAGCGCCAAGAAUGCCACUAACGUGGAGCAGGCCUUCAUGACCAUGGCGGCCGAGAUAAAGAAGAGGAUGGGUCCCGGAGCCACUGCCGCCAGCGAUAAACCCAACCUGAAGAUUGAGAGCACGCCGGUGCGGCAGUCCAGCGGCGGCUGCUGCUGAAGGAGCUGUUUGUCCCUCCACCUCCACCCAUGCCCCCACCUACACCCAACCGCUCCAUCUGUUCACACUCUCAGUCUUUUACACUCUCCUUCACAAACCGACCAACCCACCCACCCACCCACUCACUCCGGCAAAACCGGUCCUGUGUUUGCCAGUCAUCCACAACAGCAUCCACCAAAAACAGCCACAGUCUCUCAUCGAAACAGAGGGUUAGGGUAGAACUGUAGGGACGGGCCUGAGAAACAGCCAAGAAAAACGAUUUGAGAACAGAAUGAAAAAAAAAAAGUGUCAUUUUGAGGACAAGGUGGAAGAGAGAAAUGAUUGGAGUCUCACUGUCUCGUUGAGGAAAGAACAGGUGAUUGAGAACAGAUGAGCUGAUGUUUCCGGAUUAAAAAGAAAGAAUAGAGAUGAAUUGAUAAAGUAGAGAGAGAGAGAGAGUAAGAAUAAUCUGAGAAUUUUAAGAGGUCUUAUCUGUCAUUCACACACUUACACACACACACACUCACACACACUCACUCACACACACACACACACACACAUCACAUCACAUCACAUCACAUCACUUACAGCAUAAUUCCCAGUUGUAACUGGGGGAAAAGAAUCUUUCCAUCUUGAUCUAGGACAACCACACUUUGUGGCCUCCUGAUUACUCAGUUGCAUCACAAGGUUAAACUCCUAAUAAUGUUCAGUGAGAAAUCUUGAUAGACCCCACCCUGUUGCAGUUUGUCAUCUUCAUUCUCACUGGUCAUGUUUUUGGCACAUUUCUUGGCCUGAUUGGUUACUUCAGCUGUCAGUCAACACACAGAAAAGGAAAUCUGCCACAGGACUGGGCAGGACUUUCAUCAUUUUGUGGUUGAGAGCUGAUGUUUUGGGGCAUGUUUUUGAGAGACAGCACUUUUAUUGUCCUCUCCUAAUCUCUAUAGCCAUCAUCUUUGAUAUCUUAGUAUUUUCACUAUUUGUUUAAUGAAAAGUUCUCGACAGAAUAUGCACACACACUCUCACACAUACAUCAGAAUACUGAACUAGUUUGGGUUGAGUCAAAGGGAGGGACUUUGGCUAUGGAGUAGAAAUCCAGCACAAGCAGGAUGGAGUUAUUCAAAUGGGCAAUAUCCUGGAUUUUCUCUUCAAAUCUUUACGCUCAUAUAUCAUAAUUAUGACGAUAUUACCACUGAUCCCACCCCUCCCCAUUUUUCAAAUCACAGACGUUUGUACAGAGUUUCAAUGGUUUGUUAUGACUUUUUCUUUUUUUUGUUUCUUAUGGCAGGGGUCUUAGGCUCAAAUCUCUUCUUGGUGGGUUUUUGGUUCAUUUAUUUAAGCUACUGUUCCCUCCUAGACCUAACCGAGCUGCACCCGCGACCUAGCACUGGUCAUUCAUUAGCGUCACUAGCAACAAUAAAAAUUUAGAGUGUGUCAGGAGACCUGAGAAAUUGCGAGUGGUGUAAAAGCUGAAGCGCUGCUGCCACUCGCUGUAAUUAGACAGAAUUUUUCAACCAUUACCCCUGCAUAUUUAAGGGCAGGCCCAGUUUCUCUUGUCAAUUAAAAUGAACGGUAGCAUGUGUAAAUGCUUUUUCCUUUAACCUAAAAGGCCGUGUAUCAAAACCCUGAACAUUCAUAACAAAACACACACACACGCACAUACAAAAAUGCCCCUACACGUCCUUAUUAUCAAAGGAAAUAAAGUAAAUAACUGCUUUCAUAAAUCAAAUUUUACAGCCCAUGUCAUACAUACUGAAUGGUGAUUUGGAAACAUAAAAACAGGUGACGGGUGAUUUUUUUUUUUAUUAUUAUUUGUGACGGUGUGACUUAGUUUGAUAAAGGAUAAACUACUGCAACAUCACAACUAACUAAAUCUCUUUUUGCCAUUUUAAAGUCCAUUCAUACAUUGUACUUUUUUUUUUUUUAAAUCCCCACUUUGUUAGGCUAUUUACUAGUAAACAUAUACGAUAUAUACAUAUUUAGAGCCAGUAUCAAGGCCCUUGUUGUGGAAACUCACAAAAGUGUGUCAUAUGUUCAUUUGCCUUAUAUAUGUGUGUGUGUUUUUUGUUUUCUUAAAAUUUGUUUGGAGUAAAGGGAUUGACUGGUUUAUGUUUGAUAGCCGGAUAUGACUUCCUGAAACUCCGCUCUCAGACGUCAAGUGAAUAACUGUGGAUGUGUGUGAGCUCUGUGUUUUGGUUUGUGGAGGACAGCUUAAUCUUCUUAGCCUUUUUUUGUUAAGUUUACCUUUCUUUUAAACACUCUGCUGCCUGCUAAAUGCUAUUUCUUCGCCGGAAACCCGUGAACUGCAGAGAUUCCUUUUCCAAUGAAAGAGCCUUAGUACAUUUAAACGCAGGAGACGAGUUGUUUUUGGAUGUGGCUGUUUCACUGUGUAGGCUAUGGCUCUAGAAAGUGUGUAGAUGCUUGUUAUGAAGUCACUGACUUAGCUGUGUUUGAUCUGUCUCGAGUAAGUAGGUAAGAGCGAUUUCGUGUCUUUUUUCUAGUGUAGAGGUCACUGAUAAACUGAGCCAUUGUCAUCCAGUUAUUAAACAGCUCUAAACAGUAAACACCAUGUCUAGUGCACGCACAGCAUCCUUAUUUUGACUCUGAAGUUUUUAACGUCUAGUUAUUUAUUUAUUUUUUAAGGAAAACUCACACAGUAGUCACAUGCUCUUGGUUGGAGGGAACAGUGGCACAAGGUUGAGGCAGGGUUGUGUUUGGGAACAUUCCUGUCAGAAAACAGGGCGAUUCAUCUUGAUCUUAUUAAAGUUUGUGACUGAAACAAAAAAAAACAACAAAAAUUUGGAUAAUCCAUUUAUUCUCUUUCACAGCAUUUGUGUUCAUACACAGAGUCAUAUAGAAAAAUAAGAACUAUACUGGCACCGUAUGGUGGCACUUCCCUUUUGAUUUUUGGAUUGCUUUGGAAGGCCUAAUUUUGAAUUUCUCUCAAUGCAGAAGCUUUUGCUUUUUCUAUUGGUUUUAAUGUAUAAACUGAAAUAUACUGUGGAAGUACUGUUUUAGAUUUAUGGGAUUGGGCGUGGUGGAGGAAGCUGUCUGAUUGGACCAUGGUUAGGAGGCGGGACUGGGAAGGGCUGGGUGGGCGGGGCUAUUAUUGAAUGUGACGAUGGAAACUCGCUACGCUCUUACUCUCCAUAUAUUUGUUUUUACUUUUGAGAAUGUUUCUUUGUCAUUUGCACAUCUCUUCAUCACUUUCUUUUUUUUUUUGAGGCAAAAUAAAGGCAUAAGUGAUCAAAGUGAGCACCAGCCUGGUAGAACUUCCUUAAUCACAUCUGUGAUUUUUUUUUUUGGUUAAUUUUCCUAUGGCUUGUUUACUCUUGGUGCUGCUUUGCAUAGCUGUAUUUGGUUGAUUCUCUC